CGUGCGGGUAGCGCGCUCCGUUCUGCGUGCUUGUCGCCGCGCCCGGGUUGAGUGCUUUCACGCACGUGGUUCCAUAUGCACAGGGGAGCGCUGGGCCGCAUUCCCCAGAGGGGGAAACGUUGGCAAGGAGAGGAAGAGCUGUCCUUCCUCCUCCACAACCUUGGGUCUCGCCCUGCCCCUUUGGGCAGGGCCCUGGCAGUUUCCUGGGACCAACAGAGGCCUUGGCAACGCGCACAGCAGUGCUUGUGGUGGUGGCAGCCGCCAUAGGGAGGCCAGGCAUGGAGGUGGUACCUGGCUCGGAGCAGGCCAGGGUCCCCUCACCUAUGGAGCAUGCAGCCACCACAGGCCCCAGGCCAGGACCUCCCCUUCGGCAGGUGGAGAAUGUUGUGCCACGAGCCAAGGACUGCCUGCCAGGAGCUCCUGGGGGCACCGCAGCCUGGGCCACCAGCCUGGGGGCAGAGGUUCCACCAGGUCUAGCGCUGAGUGAGGAGCAGCAGCUGCAGAUCUCCAAGGAGCUCGUGGACAUCCAGAUCACAACCCACCGCCUGCAGGAGCAGCACGAGGCUGAAAUCUUCCAGCUGAAGAGUGAGAUCCUUCGGCUGGAGAGCCGGGUGCUGGAGCUGGAGGCUGACCCCAGGCACUGCCGGGCACUAGCCCAAGAGCACAGACACAAAGCCCAGGAGCCUGGACACUCUGAUGACCGCAGACGCCAGGUCACCGUGAGCACAUGGAGGGCCUGUCUGGGAGAGGCCAGAUGGAAGCCUCAGCAGGGGCUCAGUGAGACCGGGGCCCACCACCCCUCAGCCCUUCCUGCCCUCCCUUCUGUUCAGGUGCAGCCCAAGGACUUCACGAGCCCCCAGAACAAGCAGCAGAGGCUGGGGAGCGGCCUGCUGGGGGGCCAGGGGCAGCUUCAGAAAGAAGUAAAGUGGGCACUGGAGCGUCAGGAGGCCCGGCAGCAGGCACUGGAGACUCGUGUGGCAGCCCUGGGCCAGCAGCUGCAGGGAGCCCAAGAGGAGGCCAGGGCAGCCAGGCAGCAACUGGCCAUACAGGCUGCGGUGCUAUGCAGCUGCCAGGGCCAGCUCCGCCAAGCAGAGGCUGAGAACGCCCAGCUGCAGCUGCAGCUCAAGAAGCUGAAGGAGGAGUACGUCCUGCGGCUGCAGCGCUGCGCCCGGGAGGCGGUGGAGCACGCAGACAGUGCAGGCCAGGCACCGGCCAGCACGACCCUCCGGACGUUCCUGGAAGCCACUCUGGAGGACAUCCGGGUAGCGUACCGUGGCCGUGAGCAGCAGCUGGCCCGGGCCGCCCGCACCUAUCAAAAGCGGCUGGCAGACCUGAGCCGCAGGCAUGAGGAGCUGCUGGGUGCCUACAGGGCACCUGGGAACCCCAAAGCUAACUUCAGUGCAGCUAGCUCGGACCUGGAGCCACUGCCCAUGCCGCUGGUCACUGACUUCAGCCAGCAGGAGGACCAGCACAGCCGGCCUAGGGCGCUGCUGUCAGCCCCACAGAAGGGACCCAGUGAUGCCUCCCAGAGGGCAGCGUCUGAGCCACAGGACCUGCACGCUGAAUCCUGGGCCCAGAUCCACCAGAAGCUCCGGGAGUUUUCCCGCAGCACCCAGGCAGAGCUGGAACAGGAGCGGGCACAGCUGCUGGUCCGGGCCACGAUGGCUGAAGAGCAACUUUCUGAGCUGCAGGAGUACGUGGAUCAGCACCUGGGCAGGUACAAGCAGGAAAUCCUGAGGCUGAGAAAGCUGGCCAGUGCAGGGGACCCCUGGAAAGUGGGGGCUGUGCCUCCAGCCAAACCUCAAGAUCCUAGAACCGGCAGCUACUAGUUCGUCUCCCAAGAAGCUGAGCAGAUCCCGUCACAGCCAGCACCCCCACCAAAACAUGAAUAAAGAUAGAACCCACAGAGUC